AGCCGACUGAACACAGACCACAAGAACGUGUACGAGCGACUUCGUCGACUUCCCGCAUAAUUUGCGAUAAGGUCCAUGAGAACUUCAUCAAGCAGCACUGUUACGAGCUGCUCAGACACCCCGAGAACCUCGAAUACUCCUGAACCUACGGUGCUCCACCGACCUAGCUUCUACAACCAGGUCCACGAGAACUUCAUCAAGAAGCGCUGCUACGAGCUGCUCAGUCAACAUUAACAAAUCCUGGUCAUCACGCCAUACAAGGCUAUUUUGGUCGGUCGACUGCUAGAUAACGUUAUUAUAAGAGUACCUACUUCUCGAAGGUUAUGAGCCAAUCAUGUCUUGAC